AUGGACUUUCGCUACAACCACAGAUAUUUUCCUCAUAUAGUGGCAGUCCUGCAAACAAGUGGUUUGUGCCUUCUGCUGUGGACGAGAAGCUCCACCCCCCUAAAUUUAAAUAAGAUCCCGCCUGCUGCCCUUACAAUCCCCGUACCUCCAAGGUUCCCCAGUUCUUCUUGUCCCGGCAGACUUGAUGGACAGGCUCCUCCAGACAUGGAUGUUGAAAGAUCGGUGCGUCAGCACAGGUUGCUGACCGGGUAGGUGAGUGCCUGAAAGCUCUCCAGGUGGGAGCUGAGUGGCAGAGGCUUCCGAUCCAGAACGCGACUGGAAGCCGGCUUAUGUGGCCAGAUCCUGGGAGUCCCAGGCAGACCUCCCACUAUGCAGGACGGACGCCCAGGAGGUGUUGCGUUGCACUGAAGUUCCGAUCGCGCUACUGCACAUGCGCAGAGCGGAAACUUGAAAAAUUGACGCAAAGUUUCAAAUAUUUUGCUAUAAAAACUGUGGGUUGGUUGCUAAAACAGGUACUGUGUCACCAGCCCUCCUACACCAUGGUGCGUUUUUUGAGGUGGGAAUUUACUUUAAAUCUCCCUUGAAAAUGUAAUCUUUGUUUGCACGCCUCCUAAAUUUAGAAAAUGUGUGUUUUUUUUUUUUUUUAUUCUCAUUUGUCUUUAACAGAAUAUGUCCAGUCCUGCUUCACCGGAUAAAGCUGAAAAGUCUAAGUUGUCAGCUCCUAUCAGUAAAAAGGCCAUAUGCAAAACAAAACACUUGUGUUAAUCAGACUGUGCGGUCUCUCUUCCUGACGUGUAGAAAAAAGACCUGUAAGCAAUGCUCAGCGGAAUUGCUGGAAAAAUCCAGGCAAAUGGAAAUUAACUAAUUUCCUGUGCUGGUUCCAGGAGAAUUUAUUCCAAACCUUUGAGUCAUUUAAGGAAAAAAGACAGCGGGUCUGUUAAUAUUCAAGAAAGACAGAUAAAGACACGACGGCAAAAAAAAAAAUCACAAUCCCUGUCUGAGCUCUCAUCAGGUGAAUGUUCAUCAUCUUCGUUUUCGGAAGUAUCCAUUCUGGCCUCAAGUGUGGAUGAGGGAUUUCCACCAGAGGAAAUAAAGAAAUCUAGGAAGUUUCUGCGGAUGUUCAGGAAAAUUAACCUACCAGGGGUAAGGUAA